AUGGACGACAGGCGAAAAAUAGUUGUUUGCGAUAACGGCAGCGCGUCCAUCAAGUGCGGGUUCGCAGGCGACAAUUUCCCCGUCGCCGUCAUUCCCAAUGUCGUCGGGCGACGCCUCGUCCGCCUCGACGAAACCUCCCAAGGCCAAGCACCCCCUAGCAUCCUCGUUGGCUCGCAGUGCAUGGAGCAGCAGCAGGGAGGGCAGCGAGUGGAGCUGACCUACCCCAUCAACAACGGAGUGGUGCAGCGGUGGGACGACAUGGGGCACGUGUGGGACUACACAUUUAACACUGCGCUCAAGAUCGAUCCUUCUGAAAGCAAGAUUCUUCUCACAGACCCUCCUCUCAACCCCACCAAGAACCGCCAACGCAUGCUCCAAAUGAUGUUUGAGAAGUACAACUUUGACUCGCUCUUCAUUCAACUGCAAGCCGUGCUGCCACUCUAUGCUCAAGGCAUUCUGACAGGGCUCGUGGUGGACUCUGGGGAAAGCGCCACACACGCAGUCCCAGUGGUGGAGGGCUUUGCAUACCCGCACCUCACAAAGCGGAUCAGCAUAGCGGGCAGGCAGAUCACAUCCCACCUCAUUGAUCUCAUGAUGCGACGAGGCUACCCCUUCAGCAAGGUGUCUGACUUUGAAGCUGCAAGGGCCAUAAAGGAACAGCUCUGCUUCGUGAGCUGUGAUUACAAGAGAGAGAUGCAACUGGCAGAGGACACGACCGUGCUUGUUAAAGAGUUCACUCUGCCUGAUGGUCGAACGAUUCGAAUUGGUGCAGAGCGGUUCCAAGCACCAGAAGCCCUCUUCUCCCCUGAGCUGAUCGACAAUGAAGGACUCGGAUUGGCCGAUGUAAUCUUCAGAACCAUUCAAGACAUGGACAUAGACCAUCGCUUGAGCCUAUACCAGCACAUUAUGCUGUGUGGCGGCUCUACUAUGUUUCCUGGGCUGCCGACACGAUUGGAGAGGGAAGUGAGGGACCGCUACUUAAAGCAUGUGCUGAAGGGCAACAAGGACGGACUCAAGAAGUUCAAGCUAAGGAUCGAAGACCCCCCGAAUCGCAAGCACCUUGUCUUCCUAGGGGGUGCUGUACUUGCUGACAUCAUGAAGGACAAGCCCGACUUCUGGAUAUCGCGUGCUGACUAUGAAGAGGAAGUACCCGGUACCGCACACAACCACGUUCCACACCUUCCCACUUCGUCCGUCACCCGCCGCCCGUUCCGUCCACGCGUUAACGCGUCCACGCGUCGUCAAAUUCGUAUCCUCCGUCUCCUCCGUAUCAUCCUCCACAUCCCCGCUAUGGGCCGACUCAUCCACUUCGCGAACAUUCCUCUCCGCAUCGUGCGGCCCGAGUCGCUGGAGAACAUUAAGGAGGUCGUCUUUAGAACCAUACCAUCUGUCAAUAAGGUGGAGAUUCGUCGUUUUCUAGAGACAGUUUACAAUCUAGAAGUGUCCCGAGUACACACAAUGAACUACGAGGGCAAGAAGAAACGGAGCCAGUACGGAUACUACCGCCGCCCCGACUGGAAAAAAGUGGUUGUAGAGCUCAAGAACCCUGUCACACUGCCCGGAAACAUUUUUCUGGGUGUGCCAAAAGAGACGGAAGAGGCAGGGGCAGCAGCUGCAGGAUCAACAGCUCAAUAG